UGACAAGCCGGCAAAAGCAAAGCAACAAAAAAAAAACAAACAUAUAACGUUGAUUGACAAAUAUGAAAGAAAAAGAUCUUAAACGGGCAUACAAUAAUGUGCUGUCGCAGGUUAUAUCUUCGUCCCAUCAGUACCUGUUUGCUGGCAAUCUUUUUGGCGACAUAUUUGUACUCAGCCUGAAAGAACUGGACAAAGGCAGGGAGGAGCCCCCAGGCAAACUCAAGAUCUUCCCACAAGGCAGUUCUGUUGACAUCAAUUGCUUGCAGUUUCGUCGGGACUUUCUGAUAGUCGGAACCGUGGGUGUUGUCUAUGGGCUGCAGUGGAACGAAGAUGACGAGGUAUUAAGUACUAAACGCUCCUGGGAGGUUAAGAUACCGAUGCAAUCAGAUGCCGUGGAAGUUCCGGACGUGAAUUCGUUGUGGCUGAGCCCAGACACUGACACCCUGUUCGCUGGUUGUGGAGACGGUAUAAUUUAUCAAAUAAGUCUCGAAGAUGGGCGAAUAGAGCGCGACUAUCGCGGGCACACAGAUUACGUACACUCUGUGGUUGGCAACUCGAAUGGACAAAUCUUUUCUGGAGCCGAGGAUGGGACAGUACGAUUUUGGAGCACCAAGCAACUAGAACAGACGUCAAUGAUAGAGCCGUACACAAAAUCCCAGUUGCUUCGCCCCGAUUGGGGAAAAUGGAUCGGUUCCGUGGCUGUCAAUGACGACUGGCUGUUGUGUGGCGGAGGUCCACGAGCAUCGAUCUUCCACUUGCGGUCCUUGGAGUCCACCUGCGUGUUUGACUUUCCUGGACGUGUGCAUGUGUGCGACUUUGUGGAUGACAGCGUGUUUAUCGGCGGCGAACACAAUCACGUGCAGUCAUACACCCUGAAUGGAAUGCUACAGGCCAAUAUUCCAAUAGAGCACACUGCCUGCUAUUCUACAGUGUGGCAAACGGCACCGAUCAAGUUUAUGUCCAUCUGA